GCCUUCGUUGCGUGAACACGUGCGUCUCGUUCGUACCGCGACGAUCCCUCCAUCGCGGCUAACGCGCGAGAGACUCCUUUUUUCUCUUUCUCUCCCUCUCUUGUUUCGGUGUGUGCGCGCGCGCGUGUUUUUUUUCUGUGUGUGCGUGCUUCGACAUAUCUGGUACGAGAAGUGGCAGUGUUCUGGGUCGGCCGUAACACCCGGACAGUGAUAAAAGAGAGAGAGAGAGAUCGCACGGUGGUCGGUCGCGAGAACCACCGAAAUUCAUCGUUUCAGGCCCUCCCGCUCUCUCUCUUUCUUUCUUUCUGUCUCUCCCCCGUGGCCUCCGCAAAAGCCGGAAUACAUCGUCGCAGGCCAUCGAGGACUCCGCCGAGCCUUUCCAGAGUGUGUUCCUCCCGUGGCCGCCGUCGUCGUUCCUUUCUCUGUUUUCUUCUCGCGCCCUGCGCCGUGUCUUUCUUACGGACAAGCACAUCGGCCCCCGAUCUCUCCCCCCCUCCUCCCUUUCCGCCACCGUCCUAACGCGGAACGGCGAACGUUAUGAGGCCAGCUGAGCGUAACUGACGGCGAAGAGGGAGCGGAACGGCUUAGAGCGUGCGUGUGUCAAACAUAACCUAAGCGCGUUGCUCGUCCGUCGAUGCGGCGACUGCUCGGCGAGAGAGAAACGGGCCGCGUAUCAUCGUCCGACUGAGCCGUGUUCGCGACCUCGUCGAACACACCUUUUCGGCCACGGUCGGGGAACAUUCGGCGGAACCAGCCGCGCGUCAGCGUACGUUUCGCGACGCAUCCGAGGCAGGGGCCGUCGGACACGCAACGCCCCGUCGACGGUGCGACGGAGAGACCGCGCACGAGGAGGAGACAUCGACUGCCGUUUCUCGCCGAGGAUACUAGCGCGUGUACCGCCGUGCGUGGUUAUCGCUAUCGUCGCGCGGCCACGAUAAAGGACGCGAUCAUCACGGUCGCUGCAAGGUUCGAGCGCGGUGUGUCACGGAACCUUCGACCCUCGGGUCCCCGCGACCUCGGACCUUCCCGCCGCGCCGCCUUCAGCGCGGGCCAUUCGAAUCUCGCCGUUCGAGCGUCGCGCGAGACCCCUCCGAUUUCGAACGUGCCGGAAUAAGCCGUCGGAGGCCUUGCGACGGAACUCGACCCGGUCCUGGACGAGCUGUCCAGCCGACCGGAGAACGGUCGAACGAAGGGCAAACGGAAGAAGAAGACGCAGCAGCGGCCCGGAGUUGUGUGUCAGUGUCGUCUUCGGUGAAUCGGUCCCGGUGUCCCGGCCGCGGGGACGACGAACCAAGCAAUCACCGCGGUCUGUGUCCCCGUGGAAAACGAAAGAAAACGAGUGAGCGACACGAGUGACGGAGGAACGCGCGACGGGGAGGCGUGUCUUCGGUUCUUCCUCGGAGAAGCACAGCGACGUCGGCGGUGGCGGUGGCGGUGAAUCAAGGAAAGGGUUGAGAGUGCUGCGGAGGUUGGUCCCCCAGGGAGAGCGGAGGAGAGGCUUUGAUGGCAGUAGUUGGGCCCAGCCGGCACUCGCGGGUGUCCAUGAGCGUGUCGAUGUCGCUGGUGCAGGGGGGCGGGGCGGGAGCAACCGGCGGCGGCGGGACGGCCGGGGCCCACCCGGGCCAAGCGGUCCUGGCCGUGGCGGCCGCGGCCGCGGCUGCGGCCCAGGCACCCCCCACAUACUACCACCCCGCAGCGCCUGCACCCCCGCCGCCGCCGCCAGCCCAGGAUCCCGUUCAGCCCGACAGACCCAUCGGAUACGGAGCAUUCGGCGUUGUUUGGGCGGUCACGGAUCCGAGGGACGGUCGGAGAGUGGCCUUGAAGAAACUGCCGAACGUCUUUCAGAGCCUGGUGAGCAGCAAACGGGUCUUCAGGGAGCUGAAGAUGCUCUGCUUCUUCAAACACGAGAACGUACUUUCGGCCUUGGACAUUUUGCAGCCGCCGCAUCUGGACUUCUUCCAAGAAAUAUACGUGAUCACGGAGCUGCUUCAAAGCGAUCUGCACAAGAUCAUCGUUAGUCCGCAGCAUCUCAGCCCGGACCACAUCAAGGUCUUCCUGUACCAGAUAUUACGAGGUCUGAAGUACCUUCAUUCCGCCCGGAUUUUGCACAGGGACAUCAAGCCGGGAAAUUUAUUAGUGAACAGCAACUGUGUACUUAAGAUCUGCGACUUCGGACUGGCCCGAGUGGAGGAAACGGACCAGAACAGGCCCAUGACCCAGGAAGUGGUGACGCAGUAUUAUCGCGCGCCGGAAAUCCUGAUGGGAGCGCGAUACUACACGGACGCCGUGGACGUUUGGAGCGUCGGCUGUAUUUUCGGCGAACUCCUUCGCCGGAGGAUCCUCUUCCAGGCACAGAGUCCCGUGCAACAGCUGGAGCUGAUCACGGAAUUGCUGGGCACGCCGAGCCCCGAGGACAUGAGGUACGCGUGCGAGGGUGCGAGAUCCCACAUGCUGAGGCGUGCACCGAAGCCGCCCUCGCUGACGGCCCUCUACACCCUCAGCAGCCAGGCGACGCACGAGGCCGUCCAUUUGCUCUGCCAGAUGCUAGUCUUCGAUCCCGACAAGAGGAUCACCGUGGUGGACGCCCUGGCGCAUCCUUACCUCGACGAAGGAAGGCUCAGAUAUCAUUCGUGCAUGUGCACGUGCUGUUACACGACCAGCGGUGGCAUGAGACAGUACACCGGUGACUUCGAGCCGGACUCCUCUCACCUGUUCAACGAUCUCUGGGAACGGAGACUCACCACCGUGCAGCAAGUGAAAGAGGAAAUGCAUAAAUUUAUAGCGGAACAACUCAAUACAUCGCGCGUGCCGCUCUGCAUAAAUCCGCAGUCCGCGGCGUUCAAGAGCUUCGCAAGCUCCACGGUGGCUCAUCCCUCGGAAUUGCCCCUCUCCUCACCAAUGGGAAUAAAAACCUCGUCCGAAAUCACUAUCACAGCCUACCUGAGAAUAUUCGCGUCACGCGAAGAUGCGAAGAUGCAAACUUAGAGGAUUUCCGACAGCCUGAAGAGCGGGAGGGAGAGUGGGUGGGAGGGAGAGAGAAAGAUAUAUAUAUGUAAUAUAUAUACAUAUAUACACACACAUGGAGAGAGAGGUGAGGUAGAAAGACUGUAGACAGGGAGAGGGAGAGGGAGAGAAAGAGAAAGAGAGUGAGAGAGGGAAAUGUAUUGGUAAAAUGGUAAAGUAUAGAGAAAGAAAGGAAACGGGGAAGAGGGAUAAAGAGAACGAAAGGUGGAGGGGGAAGCGAAGGAGAGGCCCGGAAGUUGGACGACGAGGAAGACGGGGGACCGGAAGAGGAGCCGAAAGGCGAAGAAGCCGCGGAGAGAGAAGAGCCAAGAGAGACAAUAGACUGCUGAGCACUGUAGCCUCAUUUUCGACUAGCCGAUAUAUAUAUACAUAGACGUGUAUGUAUAUAGAUAUCUCUAUACAUAUAUACAUAAAUAUUAUACAUACCGUUGUAUACAUACGAAAGAGAUGGAGGGGGAGCGAGAGGGAGAGAGAAGAGAGAGAGAGAGAGGAAGAGAGGAGUCUUAUUUAGGAAGAAUGGAUGAAGUAGCCAAUUACGAAGAUUCGAAGAGCAGCCGACCUGCAACAGCGGAAGCGCCAGGCGAUCAGAGCUUUCGAGGGUGAUUGCAGCGAGCGAGAGAGAGAGAGAGAGAAAGAGAGCGAGAGAGAGAGAGUGAAAGAGAGAUGCGAGAGAAAGGGAGACCGUGUAGUCUGUAAGAGAGAGCGUCGGAAAGACGGGCCAGUCGUUUAUUAUUUUCCUUUCCAAACUGUUUUUCUUUUUAGAUUUUACACACUUCCUGUAUGUAUAACUUGUACCGAACACACACACGGUCGCGCGGACACAUAACGGCGAGAUCGAUCGAUCCUCACGGGAGAAAGCUGGCCUGAAUCGUUCCUACGUUUCGUCCCCGAGAUCGCGAAAAUCCCGCGAAAGCUUCGAGUCCGGGGAUCGAGAGAGCCUUCUAUUGUGUUCGGGACUGCGAAAUCGAUCGCGGCGAGGUUUGUCCGUGAUCUCUGCGAUCGCGCUGCAACAAGAGGUAAACAGUCCAUUUGUCCAAGAGGAACCGAACGGAUAUGUUCGUUCCUCGUUAGCUGAUUUUCCUUCUGUUUCUUUCCUUUUUUUUUUAAUUCGUUCGUUCGAACGUAGAUUCUUCGUAGCGAUUUUAAGGUAACAUUUAUCGAGAAAGCAAGUGGCGAUCAGAUUCUUUGAACUUGAGUAAAAGAACGGAGCGGUUUUACGAUUCCAUGUUGUCUUAAGAUUUUACGUUUCUAUGCGUAGUUUUCGUUUUUAGCGAAAAUGACUUUGAAGAUGUUCGUUUUUUCUAUCUUGCUAAAUCGAGUCACAUUUUUGCGCCGAUCCUUGGACAGCGCGGGUGGGUGCAGUUUGAUCCGAGGGAGGGGGGAAGUCGUCGAAAUUCUAAUCAAUCGAGGAUCAGCUGGAAUCAUGAUAAACGAAUCGAUCCGUUUAAGAGAACGCGGCAGUAUAUAUUCUGAAGUUUUAUUAACAUUGAGAGAUCUCGCGCUUACCAAUAAAUAGAAGCGGAAAACGUUUACCUUGUCGAAAUAAACCGAUAGAAAAUUGAUCAUCGAUCGACUCGGGGUGAAACGUCCCUGACAGAAAUUAAUCUAACGAUACGGUAUCGGCUCGAACACAGUAAAAGGUCGCGACCGAGACGGGAAGGGAAAGGAAUUCUCGCAGAGUUUAUUUAACGCGGACAUUUCUCUCCCCGUUGCGUCUCGCGACGCGCGGAUCUUCACGAGAGCGCGAAUCGGAACGCGUUUCGAUGUCGACGAAAUUUUGCGUUCGAGAGAGCGUCGAAUCGAUGCGACCGACGACCGGGGAAAACGCGAGAUCGAAUCAGGAGCUAAACGAGAGGCCCCUUGCUCCCAUUUUGCGGCCAGUGUCCCGCGACCCUAGCUUUUACAAUCGGUUCGCGAGCGUUCUUAAUUGGCGCGACCGUUUGGCGACGCGAGACACGACCGAGUCGGUUCGCCCAAGAAAGGAGAAGAAGCUGACCGGAGGAGAUCGAACGGAAGAGAUCUCCGGCGACCUCGAAGCCUCGGCCGACCUGAAACGAGCCCUCGAAAACGCGGCUUGCGCCUUCGACCGGCGUCAUCAAGAACUUGGAAUCCUCGUCCUUCGUCGAAUAAAAUGUAAGAGCCGUUGCUGUACGCGACACGAAUUCUGUCGCGAAGCUUACAUUUUGUUGCUCGGGAGAUUCCGGACCCCGCGCGGAGCUGAAAAGAGGAUUGCUGGGUCCGAUCGGUCGCCAGCGCAAGUAUCCUUGGUCGCAAGAAGUCAAAACGCCGGAGGCUUCUUUCCAGCUGCGAACGGAGAUUUCGUCCCUUCUCGAGAGCCAGGAGGCAAAGAUCGACCGAUCCGACCGUGGUGGAUCCAGCGAUCGAUCGGAUCCUCCGGGACUAGAAUCCGGAUCCUCGAAUCAACGAGGAACGAAUGCUGCGCGGGAGCAAACGGGAGCCGACCAAUCAACAGUUUCUUCCUUCACCAGCCAACCGCUCGCUGCUUCGCGCAUAGAUCGUUCGAUCGGCGGUCGGCUGGCGACCUCGACGGAUCCUCGAUGGAUCCUCGAAGGCGAUCCAAGGACCGAAGCGUCGCUCUCGGAUCGAGAAACCGAGCAAAUGAAAACCGUACGAUCGACGGACGUCCGCGAAGCGUCUCGGUCGACGCCGCGAAUAAUAUUCGACGAACGAAGAGGACCUGGAGCGACGCUUCUUCGUCUUCAUCAUCUCGAAGAAGAUCGUUAUAUUCGCCGUCUUCUUCCCGAGGGAGCCCGAGAAUCGCGCCGAUUCUCGACACUCGCGCUUGGAUCGCGUGAUCUAUUCCAAUGAAAAAUGCACUGCCGACAGAUCGCGACCUGGAAGCGAACGUCCGCUUCGAAUGUAAAGAGAGUGAGAGAGAGAGAGAGAGAGAGAGAGAGAGAGAGAGAAUUGUUCGAAUUGUCCGAUAUCGUCUGUACAUAGCAAGCUUAGCUUCGUUUCUCCGAUCACGAGUCGCGAAAACGAUGCCGCGGCUUCGUUCUCUAUUUAGCGGGAUCGAUCGUUACCGAUCGAAUCGAUCUUUCCCCCAACCCCCCCGCGAGGAUCGACGACGAGGAUCGUUCUGCGCAACGUCGUUCGUCCAUCUUCGAUUUUUACCAGUAGAUCAUAGUUUACGAUUAUAGUAUUCUUACCGCGGGGCUUGAGGACCGUUCUAACAACGCCGAUCUCUAAUUCCAUUAUAAACGCGUCUUUACGUUCUGUACGUGUAACAGGCUCGUUCGUUCCGUUAAAUAUCCUUUUUUCGUCGCAAGUGAGAAAAUCGGCGCGAAAGCCAAAACGUUCAACCGAAAUAUAGACGAUAGUAGAAAAUCUUGGUUCGUAACGAAACAGUUGCUGGAAUAAAAUAAAAUCGAAACCUGGACCGUCCGAUCUCGACGCGGAUCCUCGCGUUACGGAAAAAGACGUUAUUUCCUUCUGUUUUCGAAAUUUCCACGAGCCGCGAUUCAACCGCGAUCUAUUCGCGACGCGACGAAUCGGACCGUUUGUAAAUGUUUGCAAGAGCAAUCGUCGAGCCCCGAUCGAGACGCGUCACGGAGCCGAACGAAGGACGCGCGGCGCCGUUAAUUACGUUCCGAGUGUGAUUUUAGUUUAAGGAACUUAGGUAGCCAGUAGUAGCUCGCGAGAGGACGCCGGGUUCUCCCAGGUGUCGGUCAGCGACUCGAAUCUUCUUUCUUCGUCUUUCCUUUGUACCAUUUCGCGCGACAACGAGACACCGGCUCGUUGUUCUUCGAUCUCGACCGAUCUGUCGGGCUUCGAAGCGUGUCCCUAGUUUAAACGAUACCUUUAUCGAGUACUUUUGUAAGCGACUCGUCGAGCGGAAAAAGACGAAGCCGAUCGGACUUUUCCCUUCUCGGAAUAUCGUGAAGCACUUUCGAAGAUUCGAUCCGAGGACGUCGAGCGGCGAGGAUCGAUCGUUCUCCCGACGCGCGACGAUCGAUCGCGGUGUCCAGGAUCCAAUCGGGAUCCACCCGCGCGCGCAGAUCAUCGAGACUCUUUCGGCGAGAACACCCUUCCGCCUCGAUGUCCUCCGUUGCUUGCUCUUUCACCCUUCGGUCCCGCAGUCGGUUCCUUCAUCGUCUCGGCGUAGUUGACCGCUUCUCCCAUCAUUUGUAAAUAAGUCAUCGAGCGACCACCGUGUACAUAACUUUUAGCAUAUACUCAUGGAGACUCGAGUGCGCGAUUCGCGAAACUCGCGCCGCUACAGUUUCUUCCCUCGUGUCCGAUCGUUCCGGGACGAGGAUUUUGUAAUUUUCGCGCGGCAAACUUCGACGAUCGGUUUUCCUUCCGCUUCGCGAAAAUUCCAAUACCGGUAAAGACUAUCGCCGUGCCUUCCUUCUUUAGCUUCUUUCGAACACUUGAAAUUUUUUAGUCCACGUACACGAUUAUUGUUGUACCGUUUUUCUUAUCGUUCAGAGUUGAAUGCUUGAUAUCCGAUCGAAUCAAUUAUCAAAAUUUCUUAAACGGUCAGAGGCAAAAUCAGAGCUACCUGUACUAAUCUUCUUUCAAGGGGUGACAAUUUUUUUAUUCGUUUACACGAAUGUCUUUGUAUUUUUUAGACACUCGCGUGCGCAUCGUACACGCGAGGAGCAUUCGAUUUUUUAAAAAUCGGAUCAAAGACAUCGUGCGCGUUUUAAUCGUCGAACUUCCAGAUUUUUACGUCGUGAUUCGAGAAACUUUUUUAUUUUUUGAACGGUCCUUCUUCCAUGCUAGAUGUAUCGAUCGGUUCUGCCUUGUAAAUAAGAUCCAAAUUCGACUGUUUCUUUUUCUUUUUUUCCCGAAUGAAAACCGGAACGAUCGUCUGGAACGGGGAUCGUCGAAGUUCCGCGGCCGAUUAUUCGCAGUUUAAUCAAUCCCCGCGGAUUGCGAGGAAUGAAAACGAAGUACGUAGAUAGGAGUGCGUGCAUGUGAGAGAGAAAGGAAGAGAGAGAUAGAGAGAGAAUGAAAGAAAGAGAGAAAUGUAGCGUCGAUGAUCGAUCGAGUACGUGUGAUUAAUGUUUCCUAUUAAAACUGAGAGUAAAAACAAAAGAUCGAGGUAACACGUAGACGAUUACUUAACGCGAGGCGAAACUUGUAAAUACAUAGACUCAUUUGUAGCUGGUCAGUUGGUAAUUUAACGAUGCGCGUACACACUGAGAACGAAAGAGAGAGAAAGAGAGAGAAAAAGAGAGAGAGCGUGUGCGAGUAUACGUGUGUUUGUCCUAUGCGGCGUGUGUAUGCAACGAGAGCUGUUUCUCGAACGGAGAAAGCUAAUGCGAGAAAGAGAGGAAAAAUCGAAAACGUGACGAGCACUUUUGGAGAGGACGCGUACGAGCGUGUGUACGCGAGCAUUUCUUUUUUUCCUUCGACGUACGUUCACGUUUUCGCGAGCGAACGCACUCGCGCGCGCGAAUGCGUCCGCGUGUGCAUGUACGACGGUUUUGUUUGUUCCCGUCGACGUGUACCGACGGGACUGUAAGUGAAUAAUAACUGGAGGCUAGGUGAUAAUGCAUUAAGUCGUGUAAGGUACCUACGUUUAUAGAUAAUGAGUAAUUAAGCGACAAUUAAACAAAAGAGAAAAAAAAAUAAAAAACUCCACGUAUACUC